AUGGAGAUACAAACUUCAGGGAAGCCCAUUGAUGUGCUGAUGGAGAAGGUUCUUCGCAUGAACAUUCUGUCUUCUGAUUACUUUAAGGUGCUCUAUAGGUUGAAGACCUAUCAUGAGGUCAUCUAUGAGAUCUACAACACUGUCGAACAUGUGGAGCCUUGGAUGACUGGCAAUUGCAGAGGCCCCUCCACUGCAUUCUGUCUUCUAUACAAGUUCUUCACCAUGAAGCUUACUGUCAAACAGAUGCACGGUUUGUUGAAGCAUUUUGACUCCCCAUACAUUAGAGCUAUUGGUUUCUUGUAUCUUCGGUAUGUUGCAGACCCAAAGGUUCUGUGGACGUGGUAUGAGCCCUAUUUGAGGGAUGAUGAGGAGUUCUCCCCUGGAUCUGAUGGCCGCAAGACAACCAUGGGUGUUUAUGUGCGUGAUCUUAUACUUGGACAGUACUACUUUGAUAGUCUUCUGCCAAGAAUUCCUCUCCCAGUAACUCGUCAGAUUACAGCCAAUCUUGAGAAGAUGAAAUUGCCCACUAAGCUUUCUGGGGCAACUGGAGACUCCAGUCGUCAGGGAUCAGAAGAUACUGUACGUCGUCCUCCUUCAGUGAAAGCUUCUCUGUCAGUUUCCUUUGGACAGCGUGCUCCACAUCGGGCUUCCACCAGAGAUUCAUCCCCAGUUCGGCGAACAGUCACCCAUGAUGAUCAUCGAAGAUCAUACUCACCAUCUCGUCGCAGUGGUAGCCGUGAGGGUCCUGACCAUGAUCGUUCUGACCGAGAACUGCAUCGUUCUAGCCGUGACCAUGACAGAGACCGGGACCGAGACCGUUCAAGCAGGGACCGGUACUGUUCAAGCCGAGACCUUGACCGUGACAAGGAUGUCAGAGAUUAUCGUCGCCAUGAGCAUGAUAGCAGGGAUCGUGAGUACUACAGGUCCAGGCGUUCAGAAGAAAGGCAGGAUGACAGAAGAGAUCGUGAAAGUAGCAGGCACAGGCGCUCUAGCUCUCACCACAGAAGCAGAAGUCGUAGUCGAAGCAGGAGGAGCCGAAGCCGGAGCCGGAGUCGGAGCAGGAAUGAGGAGCGAUCCAGCCCAUUCAGGGAUGCGAAUAAAGAGAAGGCAGCCACUGUGUCAAGCAACCUAGCAAAGCUGAAGGACUUGUAUGGUGACAUAACUGAGAAGAAGGAAGACAGUGAUGCUGAAAAGCUUCACCGUGAUUCAUGUGCUGAGGAGGUCAUCAGGCUGGGGGGGCCUCGAUGGAGGACAGAGAGUGCCGCUGGGACGGCCUUGAUGAAGAUGGAGAUGCGUGCUGUCGCCUGUCGGUUUGUAAAUGAAAACUCCCAAACCAGCUUCUCUGGGUGUGGCUGCCAGCGGGGAAGUCUGCAACCAGUAAUUUCCCAUGCAACCUCUUGGUUGAUGGAUGUUCCUCCUGUUGAAUCAGAAAGAGAAAGUGAAACAGAUAGUCACCCUUUACUCAUGGAGCAUGUGAUUGGCAUCCCAAGGGAUGAUGUUGCUUCUACAUCGACACCUCGUCGACACAAUAAUGAUGGCAUGGAUCAAUUGCCUCGUGAUUCAGAAAGUUCUUCCGGAACAACUGCUGCAUCUAACUCUCCGAAUAUUCCUAUAGCAAGAAGAGAUGAUAAUCGCCGUCGCCGUCAGCAAAGUCUGAAUACUGGCUUCUGGAUAUCAAUUGAACUAGUUGUAAAUCUUAUCCAGAUUAUAGCUGCUAUCUGCGUUCUGUCUGUGUCAAGGAAUGAACAUCCUCAUGCUCCAUUGUUUGAGUGGGUCAUUGGUUAUACAAUAGGUUGUAUUGCAACUCUUCCUCAUCUUUACUGGCGCUAUCUCCAGCGCAACCAGCUGCCCACUGUGCAAGGAUCAAAUCAGAACUACGUUCCAGACAACAGCUUUGAAAGUAAUUCUUUUACUGGGAUUUCGCCACCUCAUGUGUCUGAAGCUGGUGUUGUAACUGUCACAAAUGGAGUCUCGAGAAAUAAUACGGUUACCACAAAUCCAAGGGCCCAAGCUUUCGCUGAUCACUUCAAGAUGGCUCUGGACUGUUUCUUCGCUGUAUGGUUUGUUGUUGGAAACGUGUGGGUAUUUGGUGGACAUUCUUCUGCCCAUGAUGCACCCAACUUGUACAGGUUGUGUAUAGCCUUCCUCACGUUCAGCUGCAUUGGCUACGCUAUGCCCUUCAUUCUCUGUGCGCUGAUAUGCUGCUGCCUACCCUGCAUAAUCUCUUUAAUGGGCUUCCAGGAAGAUCUGAGCGAAAACAAAGGUGCUACUUCAGAUGUUAUCAAUGCCCUGGGCACAUACAAGUUCAAGUCAAAGAAGCCUCGUAACGGGCAGGGAAAUGAAGCUGGCGGUGGAGUUUUUGCUCCUGGAACAGACAAGGAACGGGCUGUUUCUGCUGAAGAUGCUGUUUGCUGCAUCUGCUUGGCGAGGUAUGUGGACAACGAUGACCUCCGGCUGCUCCCUUGCGGGCACUUCUUUCACAAGGACUGUGUUGACAAAUGGCUCAAGAUAAAUGCGCUGUGCCCACUCUGCAAAACUGAGAUCGACGUCGCACCGACGACCACUCCCCCAGCCAUUGGCUUUGGGCGCCGCCACAGCGACAACACGGUAGGAAACGAUAUUGAAUCACAACGGUAG